AUGCCGGAAUCACAUCCACAGAAGCUCAACAAUUUUCUGGAGCACUGGAGGCAGCUCCAGACGGCUGUCUUUGAGAUGGGUCCUCAUGCAAGAAUGAUCAAUCAAGUUUCAGAUGUAUUGGAAGAAAAUUCAAACUACAAAGCAGAGCUUCAAGACGCAAAUGAAGAGUUAAAGAAAUUAAGAAAAGAGGAGAAACGGCUCAACCUUGUCAUGAAGGGGAUGUCAAAGCAAUUUGGAGCGGAACUCGUUGAUUUCAAAGAGAUGCAUAAAUCCAGGCUCCAUCAGAUGAACACAGUCUUAGAGGAAGCCAAAGAAGAAGUGACUACCAGUCGUUCAAAGUUCAAUGUAUCAGAUCAGAAAUGUGCAUCGUUGGAAAAGGACCUGGAAUCACAGAGGCGGCUAUUUUCUGCAAAGACAGCCGAGCAUGAGAGACUCAUAUCAAGUCUUGGUCUUAUGGAAUUGAGUGGCCAUUUCCCAGACAAACUAGAUCAGCUUGCGAUGAGGAUCUACUCUGUUGCAGAAGCAACGAUCUUGGAACAUUCCAAUCACCAUUUUGUAGAGGAAAAUCAGGACAAACUUUUCAGACAGCUAGUUAACUCGGACUUCAUAAACUCCGAGAGACCCAUCCCUAUCUCAGGUAGCAUAGCAUCUCGGUAUCUCCGUAUUGCGACCAUGCAGGCCAUUAUUGCAGACGAAAUAUCUACGAGUGUCUUUUUGUCGGUGCCAAGCUAUACCAAAUGGUUCAAGCCAAUGUCACCGAGGCUUAAUUGGGACAAAUUGGCGGCAGAUCAACCUCUUCAAGAAGCUGCCCUGAGAUCGGUGUCUUCUAUGAUCUAUCUCCAAGACGAACAAGAAAUUGAGGCAGCACAGAUUACCAGCAUCUGCGAUCGUAUUUCUCGAAAAUGCCGACCGCUACUCGCAGAUAUCAAAACUUUCGACGAAAAGCUACGGUUCUUACUAGAAGAGGCAUCUGACAUAUGGAGAGAAGCCCAAAGAAGCACCCGCAGAAUCGGCGUACAUACGGAUGCUAAUGUCUGCGCGGAAUUCCCUGCCUUCGAUAUCGAUGAGGCGAUUUCGAUUCCUGGUGAAGUCGACACCGGCAGAUUGGAAAGAUCGAUUAUUGUCUUCCCCGGCAUCUCAGUUGUCGCCACUUCAGAGAUUAUUCACCAUGGAUAUGCCCUACCCACUUCCAAUCCUUUGUACCAGUCAGGGGCUGUUGAGGCUGAAUGCCAAGUUGAAAGAGCAAGAAGAAGAGGUUAA